GGACGCACUUAUCUUCAACCUCUCGACGUAAAAGCCCCUAGCAAGAAAAAAAUGGCUCUGGUUUUUCACUGUACAUCUUGCAAUUGGCUUCAGCGGAAGACUUCUCCGAUGAAUCGGAGAUAUUCGCCGAACAUCCGACGAGGAGCAACGAGGUGUGAGUUUAGAAUUCCAGUAGAAAUCUCCAGUCCAGCAGAUAGAGGAUCCUUGGCUGUGCCUUCGCACAAGGUCACUGUGCACGAUCGUCAACGAGGAGUUGUUCACGAGUUUGAGGUUCCAGAGGAUCAGUACAUAUUGCACUCAGCUGAAUCUCAGAACAUUAAUCUCCCCUUUGCUUGCAGGCAUGGUUGCUGUACUAGCUGUGCCGUUCGUGUUAAAUCUGGAGAGCUAAGGCAGCCACAAGCAUUGGGAAUAUCAGCUGAACUCAAGUCACAGGGAUAUGCACUUCUGUGUGUGGGUUUCCCUACAUCUGAUCUUGAAGUAGAAACACAAGAUGAGGACGAGGUUUACUGGCUACAAUUUGGAAGAUACUUCGCUCGUGGACCAAUUGAAAGGGAUGAUUACGCCCUUGAACUCGCCAUGGGAGACGAGUAGAAACAAUAAGAGUUAUAGAAGUGAGUGUUACUUUUUUAGUCCUGAAUCUCGUGGUACAUCCUUGUAAACCUCUUGAUGAACUCGACCAUAUUCUGAGAGAACUUCCCACCAGAUCAUACAUUUUAUGAAAACUUAUUGAACA